AAAGUCCUUCAGCACCAGCUACAUGGUAGAGGGCAUAUUUUCACUUGGAGAGUCCUUAUAACUUUUUGAUCACAAAAAUGAGGGGAAUAAACUAUGUAAACCCUCAACAUUUUUAAUGGUGCUUCUUGGUGGAGUUUUUACCCCUUCAUCUCAACAACUACUUCUUGGGAUAUCGUUUUAAGUGGUCGAGCGAAAAAAUGGAUGCCCCACGAAUGCACCUGAAAAAGCUGAAGAAGAGGCGCUCGAGCCUGUUCGCCAGCGUGAAACUCAACACGAGCUUCUCUUUGAGUGGGGAGGAGGAAGUAAGUGCCUUUCCUUUCUCUCAGGACAGCUCUGUCAAAGCAUGGACGUCUAUGGAUAAUUUGGACAGUCCCGCAACAAAACCAGAGAAACAGAAGACCAAAGACUUAGAGAAGAAACCGGCUGAAAAAGCUCCAAAGCAACCUGUCAGACAAACAUACACAAUCAAUGUCAAUGUUGGGGGAAAGGUCUUUCACAUUCCUAAGCAUCUUGCUGUGCGAUACCCCAAAACCAGAAUUGGUGCCUUAGCUUUGUGUACAGACCCAGUGAAGCAGUUAACUUUUUGUGAUGAUUACUCUGUCGCCAGGAAUGAGUUCUUUUUCGACCGGGACCCCACUUUUUUCCAUUACAUUUUCCACUUCUACUGCAGCAAUAUGCUGUGGAUUAUGGAGAGUUUAUGUCCCAUUAACUUUGAGGAAGAGAUGGAGUUUUGGGGCUUGCGCUUGAAAGACACCCCGCGCUGCUGCCGCAUCCUGUAUGAAGAAAAAGUGGAUGACAUCCGUGAACAGCUAAAAGUCAACAAAGAGCUAAUGGCAGAGAUCCAAGCGCCCCAUCACGAGGAGAACUUUGACGACAUGUGCUGUGGUUUCAUCAGAAAAUCACUCUGGGACCUGAUGGAGAACCCCUACUCCUCUUUGUCAGCCAAAUCCUUUGCUGUGUUCUCAAGUCUCUUUGUUAUCACCUCUAUUGGAGCGAUGACCCUCAACACUGUUGGUGAACUCAAAAAGUACAAAGUCUAUGGCAGGACCUAUAUGGAGCAUGUGGAGGUCCUGUCCAUUCUCUUCUUCACUUUUGAGUACUUCCUUCGCCUGCUUACCACCCCUAACAUCAAACAGUUUGUAAAGAGUGCCCUUAACUUUGUGGACCUUGUGGCAGUCAUGCCUUACUUCCUUCAGCUGGUGUUCGAGACUUUUACAGAUGCCGAGGACCUCAGCCGCCAGGAUGACCUCAAAACCAUGGCCAGAGUCAGCAAGGUCAGCAAGGUGCUGAAGGUGGUCAAGCUCAUGCGCAUCUUCCGCAUCCUCAAACUGGCAAGGCACUCCACAGGAAUGCGGGCGUUUGGGUUCACCAUCAAACAGUGUUUUGAGCAGUGCUGCUGCCUCUUCCUGUUUAUCGCCAUGGGCAUUUUCACGUUCUCCGCCCUGAUGCACUCUGUGGAGACUGAUGUGGCAGGGACUCCUUUCAGCAGUAUACCCGAUGCAUGGUGGUGGGCUGCGGUCAGUAUAUCCACUGUGGGGUAUGGAGAUGUGGUCCCCAUCUCCUAUUUGGGGCGGAUAGUGGCAUUUGGCUGCAUCUCCUUUGGCAUCAUACUGAAUGGUAUGCCCAUCUCCAUUCUCUUCAACAAGUUCUCAGACUACUAUGCCAAGCUGAAAGCGCAAGAGUGCACCUACGUCAAUGUGCAGCGCGGCCUGCAGCUGAAGGCUCGCCUACGUCGCCGGUUUCACAACUGCUGUGAGCCUGACGAAUCAGACGAUGAUGCCACACGCAGUGCUCGAAACCAUCAGCACUGAGGAGCCAUCAUCAUCGUCAUCAUCUUCAUCGUCAUCUUAACCUUCAUACUUCCCCAUGCCUUUACCAACUUUUAUGGACUCCUUGCAGGUCCCUCAGGGACGCUAUGUUCUGAUAGGGUAGCUCCAAUUUGUUCUCCACCAGGAUGGGGGAAGGCCCAGCAAGCCAGAAGCUUUGGCUCAAAAAUAACUUGCGGCAGAUUAUCCCUCCUUAAGUUGGGAGCUGCCCUGUGAAGACUGCCUCUAAAUAUAGAUUCUGUGGACUUCUACAAAGGUGGCUGUGAUGCCCAGGAAGCAUAGUUUGAAUUAUGGGGGGUUUUGGGGGUGUCUGACCCCUCUGAUUAGAACCUGGAGAUAAAAACAGCAGUCUGGGGGGAUUGCACUAUUCAAUAUAUUCUUAUGUCAUGUAAAUUACAUUUCGGUCCCUCCCAAACUGUGUUAAAAGGGUGUGUUUAGCAGCCAGAAUGUCAAAAUGUCUGCUAAUAUGCACAUGUAUUGUAUGAAUUUUGUCAGUAAAAAUGCCUACUGUAGGCUACUUUUUCUUAACAACCAUGCUUACCUGAGUGUGUGUUUAUGCAGCCUACCUUACUAGACUUGUGGUGUCUGCUACAUUUAAUACACAAGUGUAUUACACUAUUGAUAUUUGAGUUGGAAAGAAAAAACUGCAUUUUAAUACGGGGUCCCCCGAUUGUCGUAGUGUAAUUUGCCAGGACGUACCAGAUUCAAUGGAUAAUUUGAUGACAUAUGGGACUGUAUUUCACUAUGUGCAUUUAAAGAAUCAAUCAUAUGAUUAUUGAUUUAAUUGAAACAAAUUGUUUAAAAAUCAAUGUCCUGUUCUCAGAGCACAUUGGGUGUAAAGUUACUGUCAAUUAUAACUGAGGAAGUAACAGGGAAUGCUGUUAUUCUGACAAUUUGAUAAAAACUAAAACCCGAAAAGGACCAUCAAAAUAUCCAUGUUAAUGUCUUCCAGUUGGCUUAUUUGCACAAAAACAGUCGGACAAAUUCCUAUUAGACUAUUAGACAUAUGAAUGUUUAUAUAAUAAACUUUUCAUGUAAUCACUUUAACUUGAACAAAUGUAGGAUCAAAUGGUUGGGCAUUCAAUAAAACCAAUGAAAGAAAAAAUUUUUUUACAUGUAUUAUUUUCUGACUGAUUCUUUGUGUAUUGUGUAGCUUGGAGUCCACUAAUGUGUUUAACAAACCAUGAUCCAUUCACAAAAUCUUGCAUCCCCAUAUCUUUCCAUUUCAGCUGUAAGGGCAGCUGGUUGACAGGCCUGGACAUGAUGGAAGAGAUGUUUUGUCUAUAUUGCCAUCUCAUGUCAGCCUGGAAUACAGUAGGACACAGAGGGACUGAUGUGCAAAAUUUGGUUGUUUAAUUAACUUAGAUUAAACUUCUGUGUGGGUACCUACAACAUAGUUUUCUACUGAUGUCAUUUGUUUGUUCAGAUAACCAUUUUACACAUUUUGCCAUGUCUGUCAGUGUUAGGGUUAGGAGGUUUGAGUUGAAUUGUUAUAUUGUGGCAGCUCAGCUGUGUUCAGAUAAGUUAGCUCAGUUGAUCUCCCAAUCAAUAGUGUUUCUGGUUAAUGUGAACUAUUGCAUGAAAACAACAAACACUUUUGAGUUACUGUUUAUUCAAUUGAAAAACAUGUUGAACAUGCAAUUUCAAAUAUGAUAUCCUCCCAAAGUGUGUUUGUUUGUGCUCUUAAUAAAUUUAACCCCACUUACUGCUUUUGUUCAGCUUAUAGCAUCAUUUAUGUUGGCAGAGAGCCUCUUUCAGAAAGUUCAGUCUUGUUCAGAAAGCCAUGACCUCUUGGGUUUCCUGUGAGAUCUUUUGUGCAUUAUCAAAAUACACAGGAAUUCAUGUCUUACUUCACUGAAACAAAACCAUAGUCAAGCUGUUGUUUUAUGUCUUAAAAACACAAAGCCUAUAUAUGUGUAUCAUAAUUGGUCUACUCUGUCAUUGAGCAUAGUCUGCAUUGUUUUAAGUUCUCAAAAUGUUUGAAAUGAGCUUUGAAGAUGUAUAAUCCCCAGGCUUUUCAUAAGAUAAUACUGGUUGUGGAUGUUAUGCUAUGAUAUGUUGAAUUGUACUAUGUUUCAACAUGUAAUUUAUUUCCAGAUAUAAUGACUUAAUAAAAUACUUUUUAUCUAAUCAA